AUGUUGUUAUUUUUCCUUUCAUUACAACCUUUCACCUUGGAUUCAUUUUUUGCCUUUUAUAGAAACCCCGACACAAAGUUCUUUUUUCCUUUUCCGAUCAACGACAGCGAGCUGUUCUAGAAAAAGACCCUUCCACUGGCUUGAUGCAACAACCCGUUGACAAUGGCCAUCCCGCAAAUGCUGCUUCUGUUACAGGUAAAGUUUUCCGCUGUGGACGUGAUCGGAGAGAGUGACCAAUAGACUCAACGUAUCCUGCAUGUCGGUUUUAGCUUCGGGAACCGACAAUAAAAGCCUUGAUGACGACAACGAAAACAUUCACGCUUUAAUUGCUGAACAACAACCCUUUGAAUCACUCCAUUUCACUGAUACUUGGGACGACGAUAGAAAAGCAGAAUUCGCUUACCGUUUACUCCAUUCUGUGCCGACGGUGCAAAAAAUGAAAGUAAUGGAUCGCCUGCAACCUUUUUUAUAUCGAGAUAUUGUUGGUUUGCUGCCUUACGAGCUGGCGAUCCGCAUUCUAAGUUACGUUACGGAGCUUUCGACCCUCAUCCAAGCCAGCCAAGUUUCUCGAAAAUGGCACCAACUAUGUAAAGAACAAAUGCUGUGGCGAUUAUUGUUCGAAUCGCAUGGAUGGACGUACGAUGCUAGUGCGAUGACGUAUUUUCUGACCACAGGCGACGACCCAUUUAAGUCACCGCCUGUUCGUAAAUACCGUCUUUUAUGCUCAAAGCAAUUGGACCGUGACCUACCACUCCAAUCCGUCCCUAUCCAACGUACCCGUACCCCACUCUAUUAUAACCAUUUACCCUCUUCUCGAGCUUCUGGACAACGAAACUAUCUAUCCAUGCGUCUGCGCGAAAGGCGAUCGGAAACUUUAACUUCGAGAGAGGUCGACAACAACCAAGAUGCGGAUCCUGACACGCCCAUGAUGGAACCACCCAGUGACCAAACGUCACCCACCGCCGAAUCGGCCGUUGUCCCAUCCGUCAAGCGAUCUUCUGCCGGUGCAGUACCUCGUUCAUCGAACCUGCAACUGGACAACGGGUCUCUCAACUGGAGACAACUAUACAAGAAUCGGCGUCUAAUCGAGCAACGGUGGCAGUUUGGCGAUUAUGUGAUUAAACCUAUCCCACUCGACAUUCUCGAACACCAUCAUAUGCACUCGCAGGCGAUAUAUUGCAUUCAGUUCGAUAAUGAUAAAAUUGUGAGUGGCAGUCGGGACACGACCAUCAAGAUCUGGGAUACACGUACCGGCCAUUGGCGGAAAACUUUAAAUUACCACGACACAAGUGUGCUCUGUCUGCAAUACGACGAUCGGUGGAUUUUGAGCGGCAGUAGCGAUGCACUCAUUAUCCAAUCGUGUGUCAAGACGGGACAAGUCAUACAUACCUUGCGUGGACACAGUGAUAGUGUUCUAAGGUUACGAUUUGUUGGCAAUCGGCUGUUGAGCUGCUCCAAGGACCGUACUUUGAGAGUAUGGGAUUUGGCGCAAGGCGUGUGUACAAAGGUGUUGCUUGGUCAUCGGGCGGCUGUCAAUGCGUGUCAAAUGUACGGCGAUCAAGCGGUGUCGGGUUCUGGCGAUCGAAGUAUCCGGCUAUGGGACAUGAAUUCCGGGGAAUGCCUGCGCAUGUUCGAGGGCCACACCCGUGGUAUAGCCUGCGUCGACUUUGAUGGUACCUACAUUGCGAGCGGUUCCAGCGACCAUACGAUUCGGCUAUGGAAUGCCAAGACGGGCGAAAUGAUGUAUACACUUCAAGGACACUCUUCUCUUGUGCGAACAUUGCAGAUGGAUGUAACCAUGGAUCGUAUUGUCAGCGGAAGUUACGACGGUAAUAUCAUGAUCUGGAGUAUAUCCAAAGGACAGCUGCAAAGAACCUUGGAUCGCGCCAUUACUGGACGGAUCCUAAAUCUUGCAUUUGAUUAUGCAAGAAUUGUAUGCUGUUCAAACACAAGCAAGAUUGUCUUAUAUGAUUUCGCUCACGAUAUCGACCACCGAUUCUUCCUGUAACAUAUACUCCUUCGAUAUCUCCUGUCAUGCACAACACAAAAAAAGAGAUAAAGAACAUUUGGAUGUUUGCAGACGGAAAAAGAAAUGGAACAUCUCUCGAAAAAAUUGGACUGUGUACUUUAUCAUGUUUUUUUCUGCAUUACAUUUUUUCAUUCACUGUGUAUACAUCAUCCACUUCUUUGCCAGGAAUAAAGAAAAAAAUAAAGUUAGAUACCUUUUUCCUUCAUUUCUUCAAUAAACAUCAUUCAUACAUUCUCGAG